CUCAGAUGCGGCGGCGCGCGUGGUGUGUGGCGGUGGUGGUGGCGAGUGACGAUCCUUCCUUCCUCAUCGCCUUCGCUCGCCAGAGUCGCGCGAGCCGCCUUCUGGGGUGGGAGACGCGGCUGCUGGUGGUCACUGCUUUACCGACCUUUGAGGCGCACCAACUCCUACAGCGACACUGGACUUUCUCAAUGAUGAACACAGCCCUGCUUAACCUGGAGCCCGCCGCUGGAAGAUUUUUCAUGUGAAUGACGAGAUGAGGACACUGAAGAAUCGGUCCACGGUGCUGGAGACAGUGGGAAUGCUACUCGGACAAGACUCGCGGCUGCUAAAACCUGAGAGGACAGCAGUGAGAAUGGUGAUGCUGAUAUGGCUGAUACUCGGCUUAGUCAUCACCACUGGGUACAAGAGCAAUCUCAUCGCCUUCCUUUCCAUACCAAAGUAUCCAGAUCGCCCGGAAAACGUGGAGGAGCUUGCCAGGGCUAAUGUGAGGUCACUGUUUCUUCAAAAGUCCUCCAAAUUCCAGGCGUACCUUAAGGAGUCGCACAUUCCCGCCUACAGAAGCAUCACCAGCAGGAUAGACACAGUGACCACAGAGUUGGAGGGGCUGCAGCACAUCUCGGAACACAGGAAGGCGUUCUUCAGCGAGCGAUACGGCACCAUGCUGCUGAUUGCUGAGCACUUCACGGCACCCGACGGGUCCCCGCGCCUGUACGUGGCCCGCCAAAAUGUGUUCCCUCACCAUUCCGCCUGGAUCAUGCCCCACGACGCACCCUACAAGCCCGCCAUGGACCGUGCCCUGCGCCUCGUUAUUCAGAGUGGCCUCAAGGAAAAGUUCAUGGACGAUAUGCUACGUGAGGCUUGGCAGGAGAUCCGUCUGAGAAAGAAACACCAAAAGAUCAAUUCUGAAAAGAGGAACCAAGAGGAGGAUGCAAACAAUGACCAGUCUAACAUCCUUCCAAAACCUCUAAGUUUGAGUCACGUACAAGGUGCCUUCUGGAUCCUGUUGCUGGGAAUCCUGGUGGGUGGUGGGGCUUUCCUGGGGGAGCUGGUGGUGACUCCUAGGCGGCCCUGACCUACUACUCACCUGCAAGAGUAGACUUUUCUUCCUGUCACUCAGUCACUCACUUAUCAACUAUACCAGCUAAAUGCAGAGACGUAAAUGCAUAGUGAUAUUAAGUGACGAUAUCUCAUGAUUUCUAAAG